AUCCUGAUCCUGCUGCUGCUUACAGCGGGAGAAAACGGGACAGAGGAGAACAGGAGGAGCACCCGGACCGGAUUAGACCGGUCUGAACUAAGUUCUCCGGAGCAGGACCCGGACUGUUACUUGCAGCUUUCUGAGUGUGGAUCUGUCCUAAAGUACCAAAGAAGACGGCGGUUGCUAGGAGGCGGAGACGCCAGGACGGCCGAGACCAGCUGGUCCCCACACACUGAUCCCAAGUCAGUCGCUGUGUGCACGGGGAUAAUCCGGUUUGCAGUCAGCUAUGGGACCGUUAUCCCAACCGCGGAGCGCAUUACAACCAGACUGCCUGCGACUGGACUGAGAGGAGUCUCCAAUGGCUUCGGAGUGUUCACAGGAGGCCAUCCUGGACUUCCUGAGGGACAGGGGGGGCAGAGUGAAAACCAGCGAGUUAACGGAGCAUUUUAAAGCCGUGUUCCCGGAGGAGCCGGAGAAGAAGGCGGAGGUCCGGGACCGGUUCAAGACCUACGUCGACAACGUCGCGUUCGUAAAGGCUGAAAGCGGGGUUAAAUAUGUCUGCCUGAAGAGAAGGUUCCGCGGGUCAGCCAAGGAGCAACAGAGCCCCGGGACAGAAACGGGACCGGAACAUGUUCUACACGAAGACAAAGGUUCACACGGAGGGCACGUUGGACAGGUUACUGCUGCUGCUAAGCAACAAACAGCGCAGGGCUCAGGUUACGGAAGUGACAGCCAGGUGAGAGCUCCGCGCGAUCCCCCUCCUACAGCCGAGCACAGGCGGAAGUGCCAUGAGUUUGUUGGUGUAGCUGAAGAGUUGGACGGCGGCUCAGGUGAGAUGGGGAACACAGAAAGUUUUAGGAGACAGAAGAGAAACUCCCGGAAGGAGCAGGCAGGAAAAGCACCUGACCUACCUGAGAUUUCAGUGACUGAAGCGUCGCCUCUCCCUGCACAGGGAUCUGUGUUCACCUUGCCUGGGCCUGUACAAACCGGAGGGACGGGACAGGCUGACGCAGAGACUGCAGGGCUCAGUCCCUUAGACACACCAGCUCAGACUGACACUCCCUCCCCAGCAGGCCUGAAGGAGGAAGAGCACAUUCCUGUUGUGUCCAGAUGCAGAAACUCCAGAGGAUCCCAGCACAGGUGUGUCUCCACGCAGCCCGGGGACGAUGUGGAGGAUGAGGGACAGUUUGACACGCACAGCCUGUGUGGCAGUGACGACAGCAGCACUCCUAAAGGCAGCCGCAAACACUUCCUCCAGGUCAUGAUGAACACGUCCCCCCAGGUGAGGCGCAGCAUUGUGCUGCGCAGGUCCAUUUACCUGUCCUCCAGGAGUGACAGUGACUCAGCCUCCCUGGUCUCCUCCAACCCGGAUGAGGACAGGACCUCGGUCACUCUGGACCCUCUGGAACAUGAGUGGAUGAUGUGUGCGUCAGAUGGGGAGUGGGGCAGCUUGAACCGCCUCCUCGCCACAGACCCCAGCCUCAUCCUGAGGAAGGAUUUCGUCACUGGGUUCACCUGCCUGCACUGGGCUGCCAAGCAUGGCAAGCCUGAGCUCAUAGCGUUGAUUAUUAACUUUGCCAAACAGAACAACAUUCCCAUCAGUGUGGAUGUUCGAUCCAGCACUGGUUACACCCCGCUGCACGUCGCUGCCAUGCACAACCACAUGGAGGUGGUGAAGCUCCUGGUGGGCGCCUACAGUGCUGAUGUGGAGAUCAGAGACUACAGUGGGAGGAAAGCCUGCCAGUACCUCACUGACAGUGUCAGUGUGGACAUACGGGACAUCAUAGGAGCAUAUGAGCAGUCAAACUCAGAGAACGCAGAGCGUGGGGACGGAAGGCGCUGGAGGUUCUCCAAGGUCCUCCAGUCUAACCUGAAGCCCCUCAGGCUGCUGAACCCCGCUGACUGUGACUCUGUGGACGGGGAGGGUCGACCCAGAGAGAAACCCCUCAGGAGGAAGUCCUCUCUCAGCAGGAUGAAGCCCAAACUCCAUAAGCUCCGCUUGAGGACGUCACAGAUCGUCCACAGCACGUCGUUCCGCGACUCAGAGGAGCUAGAUGGGUCUGUGAAAGGCUCCUUUAAGUCCAGACCCAAGACACACUUCUUUGGGUGAGACCAACACUGAUACAGGACAGAUCAUGGUGUACAGCUUUGACAACAGUUAAAGCACAAAUGUUGGCAGAAAUGAUUUAUAUAAAGACAGGGCCAAAAGAACAAGUGGCAGCAGGACAGAGCUGGGCUUCAGUAUCUGUGGGUUUUUUCUGGAUCAGUGGAGGUGAAAGCUGACCACUAUCUCAUACUGUGAUCAUUUUAAAAAACUUUUAUCCAUGACCCUAAUGAUGAGCCCCUACUCUGUGGCUCUUAGCUCCAAGCUCAUUGCUUCCUACUGAAUACUCAUUGUGUUACAGUAUUUAUCAGUUUGAGAAGACAAGGCAGAUCAGAUGGUAAAACAUAGUGUACUGCUUGUUGUGAUGUGAGUGCAGGUCAGCCUGCUUCUCUUUAUCCGUCCACAGCUGACACUAAAGCCUCCUGACCUUGCCUUUGUAAUGUGGAUCACUGCAGGCAGAUUUGUCAGUCUCAGGGCUGAAGUGUAACGCCAAGCCAGUGGCCCUCAGAGAUAAGGGCUGGUCUUUGCUUAUUUUACUGGUCACAGUUAAACAGGAGCAAAACUUGAAGCCGUCCUGAAGAAGUCUGAUACCUGUAAAUAUCGAAAAAUAAAAUAUAUAGUAAUUUUUUUUUACCUCAGAUCAGCAGUUAAAGUUAUGUGGAAUGUUCCUUGUCUAAAAAAACAUUUGAGGGUAAAAUAAUGUUACAGAUGUACUGUGGGAAUGCUGAAGCCAUCUGGGGUUUUAGUGUUGAGCCCAUCCAGUUUAUUGGAUGUAAAGGGCUAAAUCCAAAAAGCUGUAUAAAUCCUCUUGUUAAGGCACUGCUCAGCAUGAUGUUUACAGAUGGUUUAUUUUACAGGAAUUCAGCAAAAUGUCCAAUAUUCUCUAAAUUGUUUGAUGAAUAUAUUGCAUGAGUUUGUGGACAGAAGCCCGACUGAAACAUUAUGAACAUUAUGAAAGCAGCACAAAGCUGUGAGUAUAGACAGUCCUGAUGUUUGAUACAGACAUGACGAGUGAAGAAAUUCAUUUCAUCCACAGCAUGCUGCUUCAUGUCAGAACCUGACUUUAGCCUCAUAGCUACACAGACUUCUCCUGUCAGCUUGUGUUAAUGUUGUUGAAGAUUGAUUAUUUCUGGUAACAUUAUACAUCCACUGAUGGUUUGUGAGGAGAGGCUGUGGUUUGUCAGUGAUUCAGAGACAGGAAGUUUCAGUGGAUCAUCUCGUUUUUUAAAAUCUGAGUCUUGGAUUCCUCGGUGGAAACACUGGGCAGUGUUUCUGUUUCAUUCUGCCCAGCCACUCCCUGGCUGUGUAACCACAUGUCUCUCAAUCUGGGCCAGUGUUUUCUACUCUUUACAGCACUGCUCAUUUAUUCACUCUCUGUCUUCACCCUGUUUGGAGUUUACAUGUUCUCUGUUCUUGUCAUCUCUAACCCAUUAAGCUUCCAGGUAUUUGAUUUGUCUUAAUGGCACGUUCAUUACUUUAAUUACAUCUUUGCACAUUUGAACAAAUAGCUCUUAGAUUUUUAUCUCCACCUUGUAUCUGUUCUAUAUAAACCUUUACAUUUUAGAUAACCUAUAUGUCAGCUAAGUGAAGAAAUGAAAAUGUUCUUCAGGCAGAACAGAGUGGCUCUUCAUCAGUCUGCCCAGUAAAUAUUUAGCAGGGUUAGCUCUAAAUGGUUUGUGUGGUUGAUGUUUGUCCUCUAAAUGAAUAAAACACUCAUUGUACUUGUAUAAA